GCAUUGUAAAUCACAUGACCUUCUUUAUAUCAACACACAGACGCCAUUUAUUUUGAACGCAGUGAGACUGGAAAUCAGAGUGAUGGAUUCUAAGCCGCGCAGGCUGCUACCCUUUGGGGGUUCCAGCUCCUCAUCGCUCUCCACACCUUCAUCCCUCUCCGCCUCUUCCUCGCUGGGCGCCGGCUCUCUCUAUGGCAGGGGCAGCGUUCUCUCUAGUGAGCGCUUCGGACGGACCUCUUCCAGCAAACUGGACUCAGACUACCAGAGUUCCCGUUACCUCAGUGGCUCCCGGGACUAUGGCUCUUCCGAGAGCCGCCACUCAAGCUGGAAACUCUCCUCCCCUCUCUCCUCGUCCUCCUCUGUGUCCCGUGACCGCUCGUGGGUGGAGCCCUCCUUGGGGAGCAGCAGAAGCAAAUUGAUGGACACAGAGAGGAGACUGGGUCCUUACACGGGCCUGCUCAGCUCCACGCAGGACAGCGAGUCCAAACGGGCCAAGCUGUCCUACACCAACCGAGCGGCCUACGCCAGGACCCUGUCCGGCUCGGCCACCAGCAGCUCCUACUCCUCCCUGAACAGCGCCUCAGAUAUGCCGUGGAAGAGCCUCAGCCCUCUGUCCAGAUCGUCUUCGUCCUCAUCCACCUCCUCUAGCUCGUCUUCGUCCUCCGAGGGGCUGUGGGCGCGCAGAGAGCUGGACAAGAGGGGAGAGUCCGGCUACAGCAGCCUGGGAGAGCGCAGCUCCACCUUCAGCUCCUCUCUGUACCGCCCAGAGCGUGUGACCUCCACCUACGCUCAGGGGGCCCGGCCCAAAGAGAGCUUCGGCUCCUCCAGCCGUCGGGAGACUCCUUCUAGCCGGUACCUCUCCUCCCCCGCCUCAAGCUCCUCGUCCUCCUCCUCCGACUACCUCUCCCCCUCACCGGCGCGCACCUCCCUCUCAUCUGACCACCUCACCUCCUCCACCUCCCGUGCUCGCUCCACGCUCUCUGACCCCUCUCGCCUCUCCUCCUGGAGCUCCAUCCCUUACACACCGCUCUCUCAGCGCCAGUCCUCCACCACCACCCCCUCCUCCUCCACCUCUGAGCCAACCACCAGCACCACCUCCACCAGCACCAGCACCAGCACCAGUAGCAGCAGCAGCAGCAGCAGCAGCAGCAGCCAACCGGAUGGCAGACGAUCCACCCGCCAUCUCCUCUCCCGCCUCUUCUCCCGCCGCUCCAGCCAGGACUCUUCCUCCUCUAGCUCAGCCGCUGCCCCCACCUCUCCUCCUCCUGCUCCUGCUCCUCCUCCUCCUGCCCCCCGACUGCCCAUCCCCUCCCCAUCCCAACCUCCGCUGGCAGCCCCUGAGCGCCAAGAGGAAGUAGCAGACCCCGUGCAGUCGGCCUUUGCCAUGCUGCGGCGCCGGCGACAGGAGCUCUCGCCAGUGAGGGAGUCCCGUGGCCGGCCCUCAGUGGACGCCCAGCAGCAGCAGCAGCAGACCAUGUCCCCAGAGUUCUGGAGGAGCCGAGCGGCCGCAGCGGCAGCUGUAGCCUCAGGAGGAGGUGCAGCAGCAGCAUCAGCAGCAGGAGGAGGAGGAGGUGGCGUCGGGAGCUCGUGGCUCUCCUCGUCCCUGCGGAACCGCUGCACACCCCUCUUUGCCCGCCGCCGCCGUGAGGGACGCGACGAAACGGCUGUGCGUGCCCACGUGCCCCCACAUGCCAGCCCCGACGCCCCGCGCACACCCCUGGAGGAGGAGGAGGAAGACGACGAUGAGGAGGAGGAGGAGGAGGCUGAAGGAGCGGCGGCGGCGGCUCCCUCCAUGGGGGCGCUUGGUCUGUCGGCGGCUCAGCUGCAAGACGCUGCGCGAUUGGCCGGCCUUGGCCGUGGGCACGCCUUCACUCGGGUGAUGUCCAAUCCGCUGCUCCGCGUUCCUGAUCACAUGAUGCUGGCAGUGGAGGUGGGUGGUGCUGGUGGGAGGGGCCAGCCUGACGGACAGGAGAAGGAGAAGCCCGCCCCCUCCAGGGACCCAGAGAGGCUGCGCAAGCUUCAGGAGAGCCUGCUAUUGGAGGACUCUGAUGAGGAGGAGGGGGAUCUGUGCCGUAUCUGCCAGAUGGCUGAGGAGUCCGGCUCCAACCCUCUGAUCGAGCCUUGCCGCUGCACCGGCAGCCUGCAGUAUGUGCACCAGGACUGCAUCAAGAAGUGGCUCCUGUCAAAGAUCAGCUCUGGGUCGAACCUUGAUGCCAUCACCACGUGUGAGCUGUGUAAGGAGAAACUGCAUCUGAACAUAGACAACUUUGACAUCAACGAGCUCUACAGGUCCCACGAGCGGUCGGAGUAUGAGUUUAUCAGCUGUGGCCUGUACCUGGUGGUGCUGCUCCACCUGUGUGAGCAGAGGUUCUCUGAUGUGCUGGGCGCAGCCAAUGAGGCAGGGGUUCAUACGCUGAGUCCGAUGAGGAGGAGCGGGACCACCGUCCGUCCAUCGACUUCUGCGACCUGGAGGAUGAUGAUGACGAAGAGGAAGAGGAGGAAUACUGAUCAAAGGGACGUGCAAAAGCCAGGGAGCUGCUUGUCCGCUCUCUGCUCCUUUCGCUCCAGGCUUGUCUGACUACACUCUGCCUUUGUCCUCCAGAAGAGGAGGAGCGAGCUGCUCCACCAUGCCAAGAACAGGGGAGAGGAAGAGGAAGAGGAGGAGGAGGAACUUGCUUUUUCUGCCUUAAAAACACAAGAGAAUGAAAAGUAAAAAAAAAAAAAAAGUUUGUUUGGGUAGUUAUUUUUACCCCCCCCCCUCCUUCUUUUGUUUAAUCACUGUAUCCCACAAUUCCUCUGGAGAAAACGCUAUGCCUUUUUUUUUCUUGUGUCUCACCAUGCUGUUUUCCAACCAUUAUAGUUUUUCUAGUUCGUUCGUUCGUUCGUUCAUUAUUUCAUUCAUUCACUCACUCACUGGCUCUGUCACAAGGGUCAGGCACACUUUCAUCAAGCUUGUCAUUUUAUGUGUAUGAUCGCUCUUGUCUUCAUGUCUGCCCUGGGAUAUGAUAUGAUAUGAUGUGUGUGUCAGUCAUUGGGAUGCGCUGAACCCUACUGACUGCGCUAGCCAGUUUUGAAAGACACUGAGGCAGUGAUUAUCACUCUGCUCUACAUUUUCAUCAACACCUUUUUGGUGUGUGUGUGUGUGUGCGCGCGCAGGCAUGUGAAAUGAUGAAGAACAGCAACAUGUAUUCCCUUUAAACAUCUUUCUCUUCUCUCCUUUUUCUGUAUGUGAAAAACCAUGUUGGUUGUUUUUGAGUUGAUACUCUGAUGUGAAACAGAGCUAACGUGAUUUUUGUUUGUCUUUUAUGUUCUCACUUUUUUUUUUUGUCCUGUGUCACGGCUGUUUUGUGUUUGAAGAACAAAAAAAAGGUAAUGUAAGUUUUGCUUGGCUUACUGUUGAUUUCCUGAUUGAAUUCCUAAAAUAAAGCUUUCAAAUGUA